AUGUCAUUCAAUUCUCCAUUUUUUGAUUUUUUCGACAAUAUCAACAGCGAAGUUGAUAACUUUAAUAGAUUAUUGGAUAACGCCGGUUUUAGAGACUACUCACAAAAACGUCAAAGAUUGAUUGGCGGUAAUCAAGAUAAUAAUAAUAAGAAAGUUGCAAUUAGACCAACAAAUAAUUUAUUGUCAGACACUUCAUUUGGUGAUUUAGACGAUUGGUUUGACAAUGACUUGUCAUUAUUCCCAACAAACUUUGCGGCAUACGAUAAGGAAUUGGCUGUUCCAGUCGAUAUCUUGGACCACGAAAAGAACUACGAAUUGAAGAUUACCGUCCCAGGUGUUAAAUCUAAAAAAGAUAUUGAUUUGGAAUACCAUAAAAAUGAUAACCAAAUCAUUGUUAGUGGUCAAAUUCCAAAAAUUUCUCCUGAGUCAAAAAAGGCCAAAGUUAAAGUUAACGAACGUGCUUCUGGUAAAUUUAAAAGAAUCAUUACUUUACCAGGAACUCCAGGUAUCGAUGCCGAUCACAUCAAGGCGGACUAUACUAGCGGUGUCUUAACUUUGACUGUUCCAAAAUUAAAAUCAAACAAGGAUGAGAAAGAACAUGUCCAGAAAAUUGCAAUUUCUUCUGAAGAUUCUUGGAAUGAUGAGUAA